UAACGUGGCAGUGGUACUUCUUUCGGCUUCCUGCGGGGUAUACGAUUUCUUUUACUUGACGGAUUGGCCUCUUCCUCCCCCCUUCAGCUUUUCGAUGUUUUCUGAGUCCCCCCCUUCUUAGAAGACGUCAUCCCCCCCUGUGAUGUUUAACCUCUCAAAGAACUAAUUUCAUUCGAAGCCUGGACUCCGGAUGUUGAAGAUGAUUCCCAACUAAUUUUGUCAGCGAAAAGAACUAGCUCUUUUGCCACAAGUGGGGAUAGCUUUUGUUUGCAGAACUGCUCUCAAGAACUUGAUCAUCUGAUUCCGUGUUGUGCCAUCGAUAGAAAGAAGGACAAAAUACAAAUUUAGAAAUCUAUAUCUUGUUGAAAUUUGCUUAAGAUAAAAGUACAAAUUUCUCAAAAGAUUAGCUAUGGUUGAAUUCUUUUAUGAAGUACUGUUGUGAAAGUUUGAUGCUUUUCAGAAGUGGUGUCCUCGCUACCACCAGAAAACAGACUUUAAGAUAUUUCUGAUAGUAUAAACUUCUAUUUGUAUUCAUUUUCGACCAGAGCAUAGCUACGGCAGUUGACUCCAGAUUUCCUAGAAUGAAGCAAGCAAUCUUAAGCUGACCAACUAAACCAUGGCGAAGUACUUCAACAGUAUCCGUAAAACAUCAAACAGCAGCCACUGAUUUAUCGUCAGCGGACUUUGACAGCUACGAAAAGGGCCUUUGUCCUUUCUAAAUAAAGGGGGAGCCCCUCCUUUUGACUCAAGCACUGGAGUACGGCGGCAAUUUAGGAGCAGGCAGUAGCUCCUACAACAAACCCUACGGCCGUCUCAUGGUAUCCGUCAUGAAUCUUCUGCAUGGGGACCCCCACAAUCGAUCGGGGAGCUCCCUCGGACAUCAUCCCCACCUGUCCAUGCUGCCCAACAACAACACCCGCCCACCCGCGCAAUCGACCGCGUCCCACCAGCGGUCGCCCUUUGCAAUCCAGGAACUUCUGGGGCUUGGGAACAGCGAAACGAGCUCGCCAUCGCCCGCGGGCCCCUCAACAGUGGGGCACGCGUCCCCGUAUCAGCCGCGGCCCCACCAGCCCUCGGCGGCCCAAUGCUUUCCCGACCCGAGCCGCAUGUACUUCGGCCCGGCCUUCAUGCCCAGCAUGCACGGCAUGGGCGCCCCUCCAAUGCCCAUGAUGGGUUUCGACCAGGGACCGCCACAACCACACCACACAAGGACAGACGGAGGCGUAAUUGGUGCAGACUUUACGAAGAAUGGCCUCGGUGAAGAUGUGAACUCCAUGAAUAAAAAGAAAAAGAAGAAACGGAGACACAGGACAAUAUUUACGAGCUAUCAAUUGGAGGAACUCGAAAAAGCUUUCAAAGACGCACACUACCCCGAUGUGUAUGCCAGAGAAAUGCUAUCCUUAAAAACAGAUUUGCCAGAAGACAGAAUACAGGUUUGGUUCCAGAACCGUCGUGCCAAGUGGCGCAAGACGGAGAAGUGUUGGGGGAAAAGCACCAUCAUGGCAGAGUAUGGACUGUACGGAGCAAUGGUUAGACAUUCAUUGCCUUUGCCCGAAUCAAUCCUAAAGAGCGCCAAGGAUGGCGAUGUUGCUUCUUGCGCUCCCUGGCUUCUCGGGAUGCAUCGGAAGUCCCAGGAGGCUGCCGAGAAGCUCAAGGAGUCGGACCUCAGUUCAGAGGAGCACCUCUCCCAGCCACAGACCAAAUCCAGCACCGAACAGCAGCAGCAGACCAACUCUGGCACCACAUCGACCGUCCAGCAGACAUCCUUUCACCACCACCCGCACCAACAGCAACAGCAGCAACAGCGUAACCACCACCACCAGGGGUCCUCUUCCUCAACCUCUUCGUCUUCGAGGGGCUCAAGCCCCAUCAUGGGGGGCCCCUCUCACCACCAUCCCAACAAAGAAGACCUCAGAUCUUCGAGCAUCGCCUCACUGCGAGCCAAGGCCAUAGAGCACUCAGCUAAGGUAUUUGGAGAAGGCCGAGGAGACGCUCCUCCAGGGGUCGGAGAUGGGCCCCAAAGGUCCAAAGACAAUGUCGUCAUGAUGGACAGACCCUCCAUACAUUCCAUUGGAUCCCUUUUCUAAAGAUGGUACGUUGUUUUUGCAAUAAAGAAACUAACUCCAUUGAUCAGAUUUCCUAUUCCUCAAUCUGUGACUAUGAUGGCAAAUAAAAUGAAUCAUAUUUGGUUAAAAUCUAGUCGCCAAAGUUUGAGGCUGAAAUUUUAUCGUCUGUCACUUUCUCACUUAAAGAGAUAGUCAUAUUUCGCGGAUAUCGACGAGCACUGGACGGUAUAGUGACUGCUAGAUAUAUAUCCUGAAAUCUCUUAAAAGGUUGCUAAAAACAGAAUUUCUUCUAUACGGAAUUGGCUUCAGAAGAAGCUCCGGAACUCACAAACUGUAACCGGACACUUCGAAUAAGCACAUUAUUGUAACGAUUGCAUCAGAUAGAAAGAAAUUAAAUAUUAAUUUAUCACAGCAGAUUAAGUUUUAACAUUUUAUAAUUUGUGGAAUCAAAAAAUAUGGCCAUUAAAUUUGUUUUAAUUAAAAUUGGAUUAUGAUAA